AUACAGUGCACAGACCAGCUUCUUCCCUGUCUGAGCUGCAGCCAUGCAGCAGCACGUGGCAGUGGUGCGUGGCUGCUGCUGACCACCGCCCCCUGGAUGGGUUUACUGCUAAGCCGGCAUUGUUUCGUUUUGGGCUGCCAUGAACAAAGCUGCUGUGCACUUCCGUGUAUGUGAACGCAGUUCUCGUGCGUUCCGAUACUGGCACUGUAGGGUAAGGGUAAACCUGUGUCUAACUCUGAAAGAGCCUCCAAACCCUUUACAUAUGUUCCUUCAAAGACUUGUCUCUAAUGUUGGGACGGAGAGACUAUGGGUGCUAGACAGAGGCAGGCUGGGCCGGCUGGCAGUACAGAGAAUUGACCGGGCCCGGGAAGUUUGUACAUGUAGGUUAUAGUGAGGAGAGUCGCUGGCCUUCCCAGAGGGACCUCUCGCCCGCGGGCGGUGGGGCUGAGCUGUCCCGGGCCGUCCCCGGCGCCUCGGCGCUGGCCCCCGCGUCCCACUCCUGGUGUGUUCGGCAGCGUCCGGGCGACCCCUGGCGGCCAGGCCGGAGAGGACAUCGCGGAGGUGGAGGGUCGCUGGCGGGGUGGGUCCGUGGUGCCCACUUGCGCGAACCUCCCGGAUGCAGGGGUCCCGAGCGCGGGCGCAGACCUUCCAGCAGUGGCUAGGCUACCGUUGGAUGCAAGGGGUAAUGCUUUGAUUGGCGGAGUCUUUGGUGUCAAAUGUCGCCCCAAUUGGUCAGCACGGAGCAGACUCCGCGUCGGAACUACUACCGCCAUUGGUCCCCACUAGGCCGGAAGUGCCUCCGCAGCGGACAAGUCAGACUGCACUCACUCGCCCAAGGCGCCGCUCAUUGGGCCGGGGUAGGGGGCGUGGCCCAAUCCAAGCUGAGAAAGCGCGGAAGCAGUAGCCGUAGCACUGGCGCGGGAAUAGGACGGGGUUGGGGGUUACUCAUCGUUGCUGGGCGAUCGAGUGAGGCGGGUCACGGCUGCCGGCUAUAUGGGGCGGCGGCGGCCCCGGGUGGACAGGGCGGAUGCGGCAAGGGCCUUGCCCGAGGCCAUCGCCGCGCUGAGUCGGACGCUGCCCGCCGGUCCCAGCCCCGAGACAUUUCGCCGCGCCAAGUUCGACCUUCCGGAGGCGGCCCCCGCGCUCUGGCAGCUGCUCUUCCGCGUGCUCUCGCAGCUGCGGGCUGGCGGCUCCACGGCCACCCUCGCCCCGGAGGCCCAGGCCCGCUGGGUGAAGUCAGAGCUGCUCUCCCAAGGCUACCCCCGGCAGGGACUCACUCAGCUCCCCGAGGACGGCUCCCGGGGCAGCCGGGAGCUGCUCCUGGCUCUUUCCUGGCUUCUGGCCCGGGAGCCUCUGCCCGAGCGGCUGGUGGCCCAGACCCGCGUGCACCUGGGUGACGAGAUGCCUGUGUGUGAGUGUGACAUCCUGGCCAGCCCAGGCCUGCCUGCACCAGGAGCGGAAGCAGAUGGCCCCCUGGACGUCCGCCACCUGCAGUGGCUGAUGGGAAAGCUGCGGUUCCGGUGGCGAACCCUGAUGGCCAGUCAGCAGGAGCAGUGUGCCCUCCUGGGCAAGAUCCACUGGUUCACUCGAGGCUGCCACAGUGACCGCUGCCUGGGCCACCUGUCUGUUGCCGAGACGGAGCUGCUCAGGGACCCUGAGAGUGGCUGGCAGCUGCUGCGGAGGCUGGAGAGAGAGAACGCACGCCUGGAGGCCGCUCUGGAGUGGCGGCGCCGGGAAGUGGUCUUCUGGCCCUGGAUGGACACGGUCCUGGGAGCCUGCCCCCCGGAGGCCGCACAGCCCUCGUCUGUGCCCAGGCCCCGCAAGUUUGGGGUUGAGGAGCUGGAGCAGCAGCUGCAGGCCCUGCAGGAGGAGCUGCGGGCGGCGGUGGAGGCCCGGCGGGCAGCCUGGGAGGCCAAGGUUGGAGGCCAGAGCCCAGAGUGGACCGUCGCCCAGCGGGCCGCACAGGAAGCUGUAGGUCAGGAGCUGGUGGCCCUGCAGCAGGCCUGGGAGCAAGGUGGGGGCCUGGCCCGGGCCCAUGGGCCCUACCGGCUGGUGAGGACCGAGGCCGGGGUGCCAGCGGGCCUGGGCCUGCAGGCUGCCCAGGUGAUCAGGGUGCUGCAGAGCCAGGAGGCCUGCCUGGAAGAGAUGCUGCGCCAGCUCCAGGCCCAGUGUCAGCAGCAGCUGGCCAGGCUGGCGGGAGCCCUGCCCAGCCUCAUCUGGAUCCUGCCGCCUGGACGCUGAGGAUAACUCUUGUGACCUGGCCCAGCCUCAGACAGGCAGAUUCCACGCUGAGUGGCCGCAGGCGCAGGGUUGACGUAGAAGCAGGAUCCCAGUCCCUGGGCCCUGGGUUCAGCCCCACUUUGGACAGAGCUCGGCCCCAGGCCAACAGCAAGCGGAGCUGCACAGACAUUCCCUGCUCAGGAGGUCAUGGCAAGUUCAGUGAGGUGGCCACGGGCUUUCAGGGUUGAGAGGGGACUUGGAAGUAAAUGUGGAGGCCACCCUGCAGGGGCCAGGCUGUUGGCUGCACCUCCACCACACUCUUAGGUUGCUGUCUGGGGUCGUGAGUGGGAGGGAGACCCUGGCAGUGGCGCCUGGCCGGGGCGGGGCCUGCAGCACAGGGUGGUGUCAGGGCCCUGGGGGAGGGCAUUGCCCUGGAUGCCUUCUCUGUCCCUCAUCCUGGCUGUCAUUGUGCCACGUGGGCUGCGCCUGCGCCUGGCAUGUGUGUGGGGGCACCUGGAACGGGGGGAGAGGUGGUGCAUGGGGUGAGGGGGAGGCCACCGUGGACAGAGGGGCUUUGUCCCUGAGGUUGCUCGGCAGGCGGGGCUCGGUCCUGACAAAGAGCUGUCUGUGUGCAGGGGGUGUGCCCUCAGCUGCUGCCACAGUGGCCCCCCAGGAGGCGCAGGCGGCCUCAGCGCCGUCCCUUCUGCAGGCUCCCCUCUUCCCAGGACGGUCGCGUCCCAAAGCCCAGCUGCUGCUGAGCCAGCAAAGGGGCCGGUAGGAGGGCUGCCUCCUGUAGCUACCACUGGCCAGCUGGGGCCUGUGGCCGCUCCCACCCCCAGGACCUCCUGCCCACUGUCCUCCUGCUGGAAAGGUCUCUCCUCGGCCUCCCCUGCACAUCCCUGAGCUUGUCCUGGGGCCAGUCCUCAGGACAGAGAGUCCCCAGGCCUGUGCCCCCUGUCCUGGCCCGAAGCCUCUCUCUACGCCCUCAGCACCACUGUUCCAGCUGCCCUGGGUCCCGUCACUCCCUGUUGGCUCCAGCUAUGGCCCUGGACACAGGGGGCUUGAUCCUCCACCUGCACCCUGCACCUCUGUGAGGUCACUCCUGGACUCCCUGCAGCCGUCCCUCUGCUGUGCCCUGGGCCAUGUGGAGUGCCGGUGUCCAUGAUGGCCACCAGCCCUUGUGACCCUGAUUGUUAAGAACCUAAGUGAAUAAAUGGAGCUGUCACUUCUCAAACUGAUCCGUAGCCAUUAUACUCUUGGUCACC